UAUGCUUUCUCUUUAUUGCAGCUCCUGCCAGUGUUCGUUAUGUCCAUAAUGAUAUGGUUGUGCCAGACUUCUCUUACAACCGUCGCAAAAGCGUGAUGGAUAACACAAAAUCAUCCCAAGAAAGCAGCGAGGAGAGAAAAACAUUCACCUACUUUAUGAACGGAGCAACCUAUUUGCUCGCUGCAUACGUUGCCAAGAAUGUUGUUGUAAUGUUUGUCUCCAGCUUGAAUCCUGCUGCUGAUGUAUUGGCACUGGCAAAGAUUGAGAUCAAGCUGUCUGAUAUUCCAGAAGGCAGGAAUAUGGUUUUCCAGUGGAGGGGGAAACCCCUGUUUGUGCGUCACAGAACCCAGGCAGAGAUUGAACAAGAAGCUAAAGUACCCUUGAGUGAACUAAGAGACCCACAGCAUGAUUUGGAUAGGGUCAAGAAACCUGAGUGGUUGGUAGUGCUAGGCAUAUGUACCCAUCUUGGCUGUGUACCAAUUGCAGAUUCUGGAGAUUAUGGUGGUUAUUACUGCCCUUGCCAUGGGUCGCAUUAUGAUGCAUCUGGCAGAAUACGUAAAGGCCCAGCUCCACUCAAUCUCGAGGUCCCAGAGCAUGACUUCCCUAGUGAAGAUACACUUGUCGUUGGUUAAAUGUUUGGAUUCUUGUGUACACGUUGAGGAAAGAAUUGAAUCAUAAGAUAUUGCAAAGCAUUAAAGUUGAAUUGUGGGACUAUUCAGCUUUAAUAACGAAUUAAACUUAUGUCGUCUAAUAAGA